GAUCAUCCAGGGUGAGGCCCUUCGUUCUCUCCGACGUCCAACUCACUGGCACCGAAAUCGGCGGUGGGGCUUACGGCAAAGUGGAGGAGGUGGUAGUUUCUGUGGGCGCCGCCGCCAAAACAAUCUACGCCUUCUUGCGAGAAGCCAAGGCCGGGACCCAGUUCGUGAGGGAAUGUCAGCUUAUGAGUACCCUCCGCCACCAGAACAUCGUCCAGUUUCUGGGCGUCGCUUUCUUUCCCGGCUCGCGACUGCCAGCCCUCGUCAUGGAGCGCGACGCGCUGAAUACAUGCGAUAUGUAAACGAGCAACUCCGUGCCUGUGGCCAGCUCCGUGGGGACCACCCUCUCAUUCGGCUGAUCCAGCAAUGCCUGCACAAUCUCCCAUCCAAGAGGCCAGGUAUUCGUGAGGUGCUUCGUCUGUUGGAGGAGGCCAGAGCUGGUGUUAGAGAUGAAGGGAGUGAGAGGAACAAACGUGAACUGGUACGAGCUCUUCAGACCCAGCCCAGGAACCAGAAUUUGGAGCGUGUUCUCCGAGACCUGGUGACAGAGAAUGCUCAUCUCCAGUCCCGUGUGCAGGCCAAAGACAGGGAGAUUGCUCGGAAGGAUGAGGAAAGUGAGAGGGAGAAGCAAGCGCUCAGACAAGAGCUGACAAGAAAGAAGCAGAGACAGACACAGAGUUAGCUGCAGCACAGCAGCAAUUGAGACGUAUUGAAGAACAUUUGCAAGCAACUGAGAGGGAGAUGCAGACACUCAGACAAGAGCUGACAACAAAAGAGACAGAGCUGACGAGAAAGGAGGCAGAGGUGGCGAGGGCAGAGGAGACUAUCAGGAGAGAGCAGCAGCAGAUUCAGGAGAUGAGACAGAGAGAGACUGCGUUAGUGCAAGCCAAGGACAGGGAGAUAGCUAUGCUUCAGCAGCAACUGGGGGAAAAGUACUCUUACACAUGUCAGGUCAGUGGACCUGGUCUAACAUCAGCCACAGUCAACCACCCAACACACAUCCUAGUCCAACUAACUGACUGUAGUGGUAGACCAUACUCACUUCCACUGAAUGUCACCGCACAACUUGAGCUCGUUUUAAAAGCCACACCCACAAAUACGCCUGAAGCCACACCCAUCUGUCUGCCCGUAGUUACUGUCACCGAAGAAACGAUGCCUACUAGUAGAUCGCCGUGGUCUAAAAAACCUUCCUCCCAAUACAAGGUGUCGUACACACCAGUCAGUCGAGGCCAACACAAACUCCAUGUUCAAGUCAACGACAGGGAAAUCAAUGGCAGCCCCUUCACUCUCACCGUGUACCCGGACCCCAGACAACUAGGCCACCCAGUGAGGACUGUGACUGGCUUGGACCAACCAUAUGGCAUGGUAUUCAACAGUCAUCAGGAGAUGAUUGUCAGUGAACGUCGGGGUCAUAGAUUGUCUAUCUUUGACAUCAGAGGACAGGAAAUUCGAACAUUUGGAUCACAUGGUGACAGUCCAGAUCAGAUGGAACACCCUACAGGCAUAGCAACUGAUGAUACUCACAAUAUUUAUGUGAGCAGUGAGCACAAGCUGCAGAAGUUCACUAGCAGGGUGUGAACUGAUCAAAUGUAUUGGUCGGAGGGGCAGUAAUGAGGGGGAGUUUGAUGUUCCACGUGGAGUAACACUGUAUGACAAUCAAAUGUAUGUGUGUGAUCGCAAUAACCAUCGCAUUCAGGUGUUUGACCUCGACUUAAACUUUGUCCGAUCCAUUGGCUCACAUGGCAAAGGAAGAUGUGAAUUCAAUGCACCAGUUGAUGUCAAAUUUGACACUGCCAGGAACAUGUAUGUAGCUGAGUU